UAUGGAGACCUGCAUUAAAACUGGCAUUAGGAAGUAUAAGAAAUCGUCUUUUCCACGUCUCCGGUGGACGCCGGAGCUUCAUGAGCACUUUGUUGAAGCUGUUGAACACCUUGGUGGAAAGCAAAAAGCAACACCCAAGAGAAUCAUUCAAAUGAUGGGUGUAAGAGGGCUUCAGAUGUCUCAUGUCAAAAGUCAUCUGCAGAUGUAUAGAAGUCUGAAGAAGAGGACCACCAUUAACCUAGUGGUGCCUGCGAAGCUGCAUGAGGAGCAGAAACCAGAUGCUGUAGUUCGGUCCCCUCCCAGUAAAGUUGGCAUACAUCAAGAACCACCAACAAAGAGGAAGGAAUCUUGGAGCUCGAUCACUUGCAAAAGCAAAACUAAGACCAUCAGCCAUGGGGAUUCCCAGGUCAUUCAAGGUUAUACAAAUUGCAAUACUUCGAGAGAAAAUCAGAAUGGAGUUUGUAACUCUUUACAAGCCAUUGCUGAAUGUGGAAAAGGGAGAAGCUGGUGGUCCUCUAAUGAUCGUCUAGUCUCGCAAUCCAGUGCCUCAAGCAAUUCUUUUAAUCUUCUUCUUCACCAGUCUAGCAAGGACAAUCAUGUUAACUUGGACUUGUCUAUCUCAUCAUGUUACCACUGCUAG